GCGGGUCGGCGGCGGCGGAUCGUCUGUAGGAUCCGGAUUGGGAGAGUACCAUCCCCCCCAGAGUGGGGAAUCGGGGGGAGGGUUCACUGUCCGCGCCUGAAGAGAGCAAGUUCUCAUCGUUAGAUCUGGGCUGAGAGAUAUAUUGGAAGAAAAGCCCACGACUGGAAGAAAACCACAACUGAAGAUGAGGGAACAGCAACAAGUGAACCAGCCUGAGGACUGAGAGCACCAACUGGAGAGAACCCUUCUGACUCAGGGUUUCCAUUGAUUCAGUCCGGAGAAUGUUUGGGCAUCACCAGCAGGUAGAGCUGUCCUGCACUGCGACCAAAGUGUAAACAAGACGACGACAAUCAACAAUCGUCAGUCAGAAUCAGAAUGGCUACAGGUGGGAAAUUAAAUCGGGUACGGAAAGUACUCAAGAGGUUUUUACCAGGCAACUCGCCGAGGGAAGAUGAUCGGGACAUGGUAAGCAAGGUACCACAGCAAGGUCAGAUUGAGAGCAAUGUCCCAAUGGAAUGCGGUCUGGCCGCAGCGGAAGUGGAGCAAAUUCAGCCCAGACACAGUGACGUCAGAGACACUGAGCAGGACCCUGGAACCGGUACAAGUGAGGCGACUGUCUGUCAGCCCAGACACAGUGACGUCAGAGACACUGAGCAGGACCCUGGAACCGGUACAAGUGAGGCGACUGUCUGUCAGCCCAGAGACAGUGACGUCAGAGACACUGAUCAGGACCCUGGAACCAGCGCAAGUCAGGUGACUGUCUGUCAGCCCAGAGACAGUGACGUCAGAGACACUGAUCAGGACCCUGGAACCGGUACAAGUGAGGCGACUGUCUGUCAGCCCAGAGACAGUGACGUCAGAGACACUGAGCAGGACCCUGGAACCGGUAGAAGUGAGGCGACUGUCUGUCAGCCCAGAGACAGUGACGUCAGAGACACUGAGCAGGACCCUGGAACCGGUACAAGUGAGGCGACUGUCUGUCAGCCCAGAGACAGUGACGUCAGAGACACUGAGCAGGACCCUGGAACCGGUACAAGUGAGGCGACUGUCUGUCAGCCCAGAGACAGUGACGUCAGAGACACUGAUCAGGACCCUGGAACCGGUACAAGUGAGGCGACUGUCUGUCAGCCCAGAGACAGUGACGUCAGAGACACUGAUCAGGACCCUGGAACCGGUACAAGUGAGGCGACUGUCUGUCAGCCCAGAGACAGUGACGUCAGAGACACUGAGCAGGACCCUGGAACCGGUACAAGUGAGGUGACUGUCUGUCAGCCCAGAAGCUCAUCGAACACAGAAUUGUCAAGUCCCCAACAAGGAGCAGAGCCAGGGUUUACAAUCUCUGACCUCCUGGCACAGGGGGAGGAAUAUCGACUGUACCAACUGACAAAGUUCUACAGAGACAGACUCAUACAAGCAAUUGAAGAAAAGGUUGAAAGACUCGGUUGGAUGUUGACAAAGGAGGGACAUUUCAGUAGAGAAGAAAAUGAGAAAGUCACCGAACUGACAGAGAAGGGAAACCGGACAGAGAGUUCCAGACUCUUCCUCAGUUUGGUGAUGGGUAAAGGCUCCCAGGCCCGGAGGGCGAUGUGGGAAUCCUUUGUGACAUGGAGGACUGAGUUACCGAAAUUGGACAGAAUACUGAGGGAAAUACAGGAACUUGGUCCUGAUCCACAGGAAUACGUGAACAUCACCCAAGGGUUAUCUGAAUUACCCACUGAACUGAUAGAUGUUCAACAGAAACACAAGGAGACUCUGCGGGUACAAACUGAAACGCUGAGAGUGAACACGAUCCUGAUGAGGGAGAAGGAGGUUUUCCAGCUGGUUGAUCGAUACGCUGAGCUCACGGUCAUUUCUACUGUUCGAGAUCGGAGACUGGUGGAACAUGAGCUGCUGGCAAGAGGCAGAGACCACGAGGAGUGGAGAGAGGAACAUCUCCGCGGAGAGCUGGAAAAAAUCCGGACUGAUCAGUUGUUCCAGAGCAGCUUUUCCCGGAGUAAAUCCAAAUCUGGGAGUUCGGCAGCAGUGGCCGGAGUCGCAGGGAUCGGGAAAACAACAAUGGUACAAAAGAUUGUUUAUGACUGGGCCACGGGGAAAAUAUACCAACAAUUCCAGUUUGUCUUCAGUUUCAAAUUCCGAGAUUUAAACUCCAUUAACUGCAGAAUAAACCUGAGGGAACUGAUCCUGGAUCAGUAUCCUUACUUUGGGAAUAUCCUGAGAGAGGUCUGGAAGAACCCAGAGGGAUUGCUGUUUAUAUUCGAUGGUUUGGAUGAAUUCAAGCACAGAAUUGAUUUUGCUGACAGUCGGAGAGAUACAGAACCCAAGCACCAGUGUCCAGAUCCCGAGUGCUGGUGUGAAGUGUCUGACAUUGUGUACAGUUUAAUCCAGGGCAAGCUGCUCCCAGGGUGUUCAGUGCUGGUGACCACCCGUCCCACUGCGUUACAUUUAUUGGAAAAGGCAAUGAUCAGUAUCUGGGCUGAAAUCAUGGGAUUUGUUGGUGAGGAACGGAAGGAAUAUUUCAUCAGGCAUUUUGAAGAUCAGACGGUGGCAGAAGCUGUUUUCAAACACGUGAAGGAGAACGAGAUCCUGUACACCAUGAGCUACAACCCCUCCUACUGCUGGAUCCUCGCUCUGGCACUGGGCCCCUUCUUCACACAAAGAGUCAGGGACCCGCAGCGAGUUCCCAAAACCAUCACCCAACUGUACUCCUACUAUAUUUACAACAUCCUGAAAAACCACGGCCGUGAGAUUGAGAACCCCCGUGAUGUGUUACUCAGGGUUGGUCAGAUGGCCUUCAGAGGAGUGUCCGAGAAGAAGAUUGUGUUUACAGAUGGAGAUUUGAUCAACUACAAUCUGCACCCUUCCCAGUUCCUGUCCGGGUUCCUGAUGGAGCUUUUGGAGAGAGAGGAUUCUGCCCGGAGCGUGGUGUACACAUUCUCACACCUCACCAUCCAAGAGUUUGUAGCUGCAGUCGCACAAUUCCUGAAUCCACAUCCCGGGGAUAUCCUGAUAUUCCUCACUGAGGCCCACAGCAUGACAGAUGGGCGAUUUGAGGUAUUUCUUCGUUUUGUUGCUGGUCUCUCCUCCCCAAUGACAGCUCGGGGCCUGGAGGAGUUUCUGGGUCCAUUUCCUCAUCAAACAACCUGCCGGGUGAUUGACUGGGUGAAGGAGGAGGUUAAACGCCGGAGUGGAAACACAUGGAGUGAAGCUGGUAAAAGGAGCCUCCUAAACACAUUGCACUACCUGUUUGAGUCUCAGAAUCGUGGACUGGCUCAGGCCACACUGGGAUCUGUGGAAACACUUUCAUUCAGUGGAAUGACACUGACCCCGAUUGACUGCGCGGUCCUGUCUCAUGUCAUCGGACUGUGUGAUACAAUAAAACACCUCGACCUGGAGAGCUGCCACAUUCAGUGUGAAGGAAUCCAGCGGCUGGGACCCGGGCUGCACAAGUGCCAGGAGUUGAGACUGAGUGGUAAUGAACUGGGAGAUUCAGGAGGGAAGCUGCUGUCUGCGGCUCUGAGGAACCCGGAGUGUAAAAUACUGAAACUGUGGCUGGAGGAUGUCGAUCUCACAGAUUCUGGUGCCGAGGAUCUCGCCUCCGCUCUCAAUGCAAACCCAUCACUGACGGAGCUGAACCUGGGUUAUAAUAAACUGGGAGAUUCAGGAGUGAAACUGGUGUCUGCGGCUCUGAGGAACCCGGAGUGUAAAAUACAGAAACUGGAGCUGAUGGGUGUCGGUCUCACAGAUUCUGGUGCCGAAGAUCUCGUCUCCGCUCUCAGUACAAACCCAUCACUGACGGAGCUGAACCUGAGUAUUAAUGAACUGGGAGAUUCAGGAGUGAAACUGGUGUCUGCGGCUCUGAGGAACCCGGAGUGUAAAAUACAGAGACUGUGGCUGUGGGGUGUCGGUCUCACAGAUUCUGGUGCCGAGGAUCUCGUCUCCGCUCUCAGUACAAACCCAUCACUGACGGUGCUGGACCUGGGAUUAAACUCGCUGACAGACCGAUCUGUCCCCGCUCUCCGCCGCCUCAUACUGAUCCUCCCGAGUCUGGAGCGGAUCCAGCUGGACUGGAAUCAGUUCAGUCGGACCGGGAUGAAGGAACUGAGAUCUCUGCAGGAACCCAGACCCGGACUGAGAGUGACCGUGUGAACAUCUGAAUGUGUGAACAUCCCCGCCCGCGGGAUGGGGACAUUUUGGCCGAUUCCCCGCCCUCCCCUUUAACCCCGCCCCCCACCUUCCCCUUACCUUUAAUGGCCGCGC